AUCCACACACACACACACAAAAAAAAAAAAAACCUUCACCAACUUCAACACUGUUUCAUCAUAUUGAUAGUUUCUCUGCAAAAGAAAAAGCAUUGUCAAUGUCUCAACCUUAUUGUGUUAGAGAAAACAAACCCUGUACUGGUUGGGUUCAAAGAUACUUCAAAGACUGUCUUUGUAAUUUAAAAGAUGAAUUUUCUUUUGGGUUUGGGAUUAUUAGUUUGGUUUGUUGGGGUGUUGCAGAGAUCCCUCAAAUCAUUACUAACUUCAAAACCAAGUCUGCUCAUGGUGUUUCCCUCCUUUUUCUCCUCACUUGGGUUGCUGGUGAUGUGUUUAAUCUUGUUGGUUGUCUUCUUGAACCUGCAACAUUGCCGACUCAGUUCUACACAGCUCUGCUCUAUACAAUAAGUACUGUGGUUCUAGUGUUGCAAAGUGUAUACUAUGAUUAUAUCAACAGGUGGUGGAAAUGUAGACGGAUUAAAACCAACGACGUGGUUGAAGAUGAGAAAGAACCAUUGAAACCUGGCAAACAUGAACCGGGAAUUCCCAUACCUAAGUCCUCAAGCAAACCCCAUCCUCGUAGGGAAUUUUAUUACACGUCAGCUAGAUCUCUGGCUGGUAGUGGCACUCCACCUUUCCGGACAUAUUUGAGGGUAGCUAAAAGUGGUCCUUCAGCUUUGGGACUCGACGGUGAUUCGUCGUCCGAUGAUGAAACGGUUUCGGUUUUGUCCAAGAAGUCUGGAACUCAACCUAGGCCGAUCCCGAGAGCCGCUAAAAGUUAUGGCACAUUUCUAGCUGCAUCACUCAAUUUGCCUUUUGGAAGUAAGGCUUUGAUGGAAGUGAAAACUGGUUUUACCAAUAGAAGGCUAUUACAGGAGCAUAGUAUGGAGCAUAGUGCAUUUGGACAAUGGCUGGGAUGGCUAAUGGCUGCCAUAUACAUGGGAGGCCGAAUCCCUCAAAUAUGGUUAAAUAUCAAAAGGGGCAAUGUGGAGGGGUUGAAUCCUCUCAUGUUCAUCUUUGCAUUGAUAGCUAAUGCAACUUAUGUGGCAAGUAUUCUAGUGAGAACCACUGAAUGGGGACCCAUUAAGGCAAACAUGCCAUGGUUGCUUGAUGCUGUUGUUUGCGUGGCAUUGGAUUUAUUUAUCAUAUUGCAGUAUAUUUACUACAAGUAUUUCAGACAGACAGACAACAGUGAUGGAGAAGAUUAUGGAGACUACAAGGAAGCAAAUAAAGAAGUUAACCCUUGAAUUUUACAUUUUGCAAUAUCAGCUAAAUGAUUCAAAUAUCUUUAGAGUAAUCACCUCCCUACUUGAUACCAUAUAGUUGUAAUGUAAUUGUAAGCUUUGCGUUUAUGCAGGAAGACUAGUUUUUUUUAUCAACAAAUUGAUAAUUUUGUUCCCCUCAA